AUGGAUUUGUUGAAAAGAGUGAAUGCUAAGGGGAAGGAAUGGGCCCACAGCCAUCUAAGCAGUCAAAGCUUAGUAUGUGCUGUUUACUGUACUAGGAACAAUGAUCAGUUUUGCAGCUGCUUGACGGGUUUCACACCAAGAGAUGAAAUAGCCUGGGCGGCCCAGGCGUGGUCCGGCGGGUGCAAAAGACGGAUCAGUGUAGAAUGCGGUGAGACGAGCACGGACGGCUUCGUGGAAUUCACUGGCAAUUCGUUGCCUGCGGACGCCGUCGCUGUGGCUAAGUCGGCAUCGGAAGAAGAUUGUCGGAGUGAUUGCCUUAGCGAUUGCUCCUGUACGGCGUAUGCUUACAAUGGCACCCUUUGCAACCAUUGGCUUGGUGAAUUGUUGAAUUUGACCAACUCGCCAUCCUCAUCCACUUCACUGUUUGUACGAUUGAGCGCCUCGGACGUGCCUCGCGCCCCACAUACUAAAAACCAGUAUAUAGUUUUAAUAACAAUUAAUAUAGAGGAUAUUUGA